ACUGCCCCCAAUUCCCUCCUGGUUGGAGGCCAGCCUGAAUCUACCCCGGCUCCUCGGCAUGUCCUCUGUGAGACCCUAAGCCCGGCAGAGCCAUCAGAAGAUGGAAGACGAAUUUGGUUACAUGUUCAUGACUCCCCAGGUGAUGAAAGUAAACCCGACCCCGCCACCGCCACCCCGGAGACAAGGGUCUCCUCCCAGCCUCGUGGGUUAUAAAAUUGCUGUGGUGAUGUUAGGAGCUGUGUGUGUCCUUCUGACGGCGGCUGUGAUUGCUCAGAACAUCUGGGGUUUCCGGGCCGGCGGGACCCGCUGCAGCUCCGAAAGCAACCAUCGGCAGGAGGCCUCCAUGUCUCAGCUCAUGCAGAGUCUGUGUGACCUGGCCCAGAGCUGCCCAGCAGGGGGCACCGGAUGCAUAUUGUGUCCCAAGGACUGGUGGGAGAACCGAGCCAAGUGCUACUGGGGUUCGAACGAGAGCCAGUUCUGGAACGAGAGCCGCCAAGCCUGCAAGCAGAAGAAUUCCCAGAUGCUUGUGAUCCAGGAUCAAGAGGAGAUGGAUUUCAUACAGAGUCUUACGAAAGGCACAGGCCACUUUUGGAUCGGCUUGAACUUCACGGCCCGUACCAAUACCUGGAGCUGGGUGGACGGCUCCCCUCUAAACCGAACGCUGUUCACGGUCUGGGGCCCGGAUGCCCAUGACGGCUGUGGCGUGGUAAAAGGGAAGCAGAUCUACGCGGAUACCUGCAGCGCCGAAUUCAGAUGGAUUUGCCAGAAAGCCGCUGUCGUGCUGCGAGGGGACUAAGAGCUGCCGAGCGAACCUGCCUGGUGUUGAUGUGUUCAAACGGGGGGUUUUGUAUAGCCAUGUCGCCCCCUUCCUCUGAACUAGCAUGGCGCAAUGACUGGAAAAAGGAGGGAAUUUGAGUUCUCAGUCUAGUCCCUGUGCAGCAAGAGAAGAAGCCAGGAAAGGUGGAUUCUGUUCCUGCCAUGAGCACCUGUAACCUCUUUCCUUGUGCCGUGCCUCAGUUUCCCCACCUAUAAAUGUGCGAGCUCUGUGUCUGUUCAGCGCCUGACUACCCAGGGUUCUGUGCGCAUGCCAGCCUUUCAGUAUCCCCGUUUUAUGAGUGGGGAAACUGAGGCACCUCAAUCGCAACAGCUGAGUCCUAAUGUCCUAUUCUGGUUCCGCCAAUGAAGCGCCCUGUCUAGACCCCAACCUAAUUUCUCCUUCUUGACAUCCCCAAUUGGACUCCUGCCUCGCUGUCCGGCCUCACACUGGGGCUCAAGAGUCACUCACUCACCAUCUCUGGCCCACUUCACAGGCCAGUUAUUGGGAGUGGGAGUGGGAGACACAGUCUUUAAAUCAGCCAGAGGAGAAUUUGACGGGGAACCCCCCACCUCCUCGGUGAGCACCAGGGGCACCUGACGCCCGGAGAGGGGCUCCCAGCUGUGGGGUGCCAGCACAGAGAGGUGCCUCCUGGUCGCCCGUGUAGACACUGAACUCUGUGAGGAGAGCAGG